GAGUGGCUGCUGCCAACAUACUGACUCAACUCUAGCCACUUUAAUAAUGGAAAAAUGUAUGUAAUCAAUUUAUCACUAGCCACUUUAUAUAAUGCUUACAUACCCUACAUUACUCAUCUCAUAUGUAUAUACUGUAAGCUAUACCAUCUACUGCAUCUUGCCAUCUUAGUGUAAUUAAAUGUAGCACUAGCCACUUUAAACAGUGCCACUUUAUAUAAUGUUUUCAUACCCUACAUUACUCAUCUCAUAUGUAUAUACUGUACUCUUUACCAUCUACUGAAUCUUGCCUAUGCCGUUCGGGCAUCACUCAUUCAUAUAUUUGUAUGUACAUAUUCGUAUUCAUUCCUUUACACUUGUGUGUAUAAGGUAGUUGUUGUGAAAUUGUUAGGUUAUAUUACUUAUUACUGCAUGAUUGGAACUAGAAGUGUAGUAGAGUUAAAAUGGUUAUUCCAUCAAACUUCAAAUUAUUGGAAUAGCACACAACGCAGAACAGAACAACCAGGUUGAGGGUCAGUGGCCAAAGCCCGCGAACAGGGAUAUUCCAAGUUCAGACAGAAGGGGGGAGUCAGAUCGCAAUGAUCGGCAGGAACUUUACUUUUGGUGUCUAUUUUUAAUUGUUGCGCUACUGGUGCUGCCUGUUGGUGUUAGGUAGGCAGUUACAGUAGCUGAAUGAUGUUAACAUCUUCGGGUUUUGUUUCAUUAAAUGUAUUUUAUUUCAUCUGGGUGCUUGUGUCACCUACUAACACCCUGGUACUUCCGUAGCUCCCGAUCUCCUCAGUCCGAGAAAACACCGAGAGAGAAAGGUAUGUGUUGCAGAUUACUCCUUUGUAGAUGUCCAUAACGUGAAAUAAAUAAAACAUCCCAAGGUUAAGGCUGUAGUUAUUGUUAUAAGGGAGUGUGAGACUAUUGAAACAUGUAACUUUCAGAGUUAUAUUGUUAUUAAUAUAGUUUACAGAGUGCUAAAAGUGCUGCUGUUGCUAGCUAGCAUGCCUUUCUGUGAUGCAGACGGUUAGCUGAGCUGCCGACUGGUUGUGGCGUUGCAUUAUGGGAGAUGUAGUUUGGUCCUCUACGGUCCGAAUGGAAUAGAGGCGAUUUCACGUUGUAACUUGUUUAUGUUGCAGUGUUUUUGUACAUGAGUUGAUGUAUUUUGGUACUGUCAACACUGAAAGCACCUAGCAAUGUAUUGGGGAUGUGAGACAGGAUAUGUGUUUUACCUUUCUUCAUGCUCCUGUGUAGAACAACUUGUCAGAUGGUGCAUUGGAGACUGAUGUGUUCCUGUCCUGUCUUUUCACAAUACUAUUGCAGAUCAACAUAAAAGCCUAAAAGACAGCCGUGGUGUCGCUCUUCAUUUCUUGGUUCUCCUGUGGUACAUAAGAAACCCGCUACAGAAGCACAAGCAUUUCGCUACACUCGCAUUAACAUCUGCUAACCAUGUUAUGAACAGAGAGGACAAAGUUUUGUAGACUUUACCCGUUGUCAAUUAAAAAAAUAAGUUCUUUAGAAGGAGUGCAAGGGCAAAUUGAGUUACUGCACACACGCACUUCACAGAGUAGGCGUUCUCUAACGAAAAUAUGCAAAUACAUGCCUUGAACGCGCCAAUAGGAUCCCGCUAGCUUGUUCUUGGCUCUGCCCACCACCUUUCUUGUUCUGCCCACUAUGAUUCUGCACCCAUUGGAAACGACAGGCUAUGGUCUAUCUAGGGUUAGUUAUAAAAAGCUUUGGCGUUAAUCUAUUUCGUGAAAAAAAAAUCUGUUUGAGGCAAUCUGAUUCUCCGUUGUUGCUAUGUCCAUUGCUCCCAGCGAAUUAUAUCGCGGCUUCCACAAAAUUGUGUAGUGUGAUAGCUAGGUUGUCGAGACUACAGCUUUCAUCAUUUAGAAAUAAGUUGAGUAGCUAGCAAAAUGUACAAAUUCUGUACAAUAAUAGCCAAUAUUUGAUUUGUUUAUGGUAUUGUUUUACAUGUUCGUCACUGAGCAGUUUUGUAUUCUGAAAGCGACAAUUGAAUGGCAGGUUGGGAUUACUAAACCGUAAAUGCUGGCGCCCGCUGCAUGCAACUUUGUUCUCUCUACUGUCACAGUUCCCUUCUGAUUCUCUAAUCAAAUGGACCCACCUGCCCCUACCUGUAGAUCUGAAAAGAUUGGAUAGGUGUAGGCAAUGUUGCGGAACUUCAAUCCAGCCUCUCAUAAGGCAAGGUGAUGUAAUUACCAUAUCAGUUAAAUCUAUCAGAUCCUUUCAGAUUUACAUGAGUGGGUGUGGUGCAGGAGCUAAGGGUUGAUUUGGAAUGCUUGCUCAAUUUCACACAUUCUUGACUCUGUAUGCUGUGCUCUCUGGGGGUUUGCUGUGCGAAACCUGUAACCCCCCCUGAGAGAAUGCCUCAGACGAAUAAAGCGAAUAGUACUGCAGCAGGCGGCCCUUGGCGGGUGCCUGCACCGGACCAUGGUGAACCACCUCAAGCCGAGCCCACGGACCUGGCCGCUGGGACGGAGGAGAGGAAGUCCAGGGAGACCUCCAGACAAGUCACCCAGCGAUCCCAAGAAGUACAGGUGAUCUCCUCAGCCCUGGCCCUGCUCACCCCACAGAGGGCCAGACUGCUUCUGCUGUCUCCAGAGCACGAAGGCCACUGUUCCCUGGAGGAGAAGUGGUUCAGCACCAACUACAGCUAAGAGCAGGGUUGUGUUGGACAUUAUAUUCAGCCACCUUCAGAAGGAUGUUGGAUCAUUUUUUUUAAUAGUAUCUCAUUCUGUAAUGACCAUUUACCAUGUCAUUUUCAUGGAAAUACAUGGUAAUGUAUAUACUUUAAAAGAAAGUGCUGCCCUAUUUUUUUGUAAACUUAUCCUUGAAGCCCAGUUACAGGGAUUGACUGAAAUUAGGCCCACAGUCAUUGUUAUCAAUAUCUCGUUCCAGACAAUGUUCAUUCCAUAGAUCACUCCACAUACUCAGUGACAUGAUCGUGUGUGUGAUGUUAAUAUGGUGUGUUUGGCCUGGACUGUGUCUGUGACUGAGCCCUAUCGGCCCUGAUCAGAAGCUGUGCACUGGAUAGGAAAUGGGGUGCUUUGGGAUGUAACCCGAGUGUCCUGUUCCUCUGUCCUGGCAGACCUCAAUGAGGAGUGCAAAAAAAGUAUGAAUGUAUGUACUUGUAAGUCGCUCUGGAUAAGAGCGUCUGCUAAAUGACUUAAAUGCAAAUGUAAAUGAGUGGCCACAGCGCUGGGCCAGAGACUUUGACCUCAACCCUGACCCCCACCUGCCCGCUGAAAACAAGUUCAUUGGUCAGUACAGAUGAUGUACAUUGUUGUGUACCAAUCACAUCCACUCUACAACAUUCACUUUUUGGUCUAUUGAUAUUGUUAUACAUGCUUUGCCAUAUUCAUAUUGCUAUCCCGGUUUUUGUUUCCAUAACAAUGGAUUUCACCCCGAAACCGUCGGACUGUCCAGACACAGAUGUCCCGGUGCGGAUAGUGAACAACGAGAGAGGCUGUCUCUGGUUCAAGAAGGUGUCGUGCCUGGUGCUGUUUGACAUCUUUGUAAACAUCUUGGCCCACAACCUGGCAGAGCUGGCCUACAAGGCUGACAUGGCCCAGCUGGAGUACAAACUGAUUGCCAGGGAUCAUGGCAUGGUCAUCACUGUCAAGGGCUUCAACUACAAGCCACCUCCAACCCUAAAGCUGACCUGCCAACUCAACCUCCCUGCCUCUGUCCCUGUUGAACCUGAUGGUGAAUUACCUGGCAGACUUCACCAUCCUCAUCAAGCCAGAGAGGCUGGGAAAGUGAGUUGCCGCCCUAUGGGACUCCCAAUCACGGCCGGAUGUGAUUCAGCCUGGAUUCGAACCAGGGACUGUGGUGUCGCCUCUUGCACUGAGAUGCAGUGCCUUAAACCGCUGCACCACUCGAAAGCCCUCAUGAUAAGUAAUAUUUGAUUCACAAUGAGCCAUUCAAUGGAGUCUGCAACUCAGAUCAAAAAGUGGACGAAUGAAGAAGUUCAUCAGUGGUUGACGACGCAGGUUAACAUUAACCACAUAUAUGCAGACAAGUUGCUAGAAGAGGAGGUAUCAGGGGAAGUCCUACAAUACUUUCAAAAGAAGGAUCUUCUGGAUCUGAACAUAAAACAUGGUCCGGCUGUGAAAAUUGUGUCAAUGCUUGAGGAAUUGAAGAGUGGAUUACAGCAUAAAUCAAGAUUUCCUGCAUACAUCAAGAAAUGGACACAAGAACAAGUUUGUCAGUGGUUACGGGAAAAGGCGAAGGUAUACCACCAAUAUGUAGAGCGGAUUGUGGAAGAGGAAGUGUCAGGCGAUUGCCUGUUUUGCUUCAAAAAGAAUGAUCUUGUGGAACUAGGCAUAAAACAUGGUCCUGCUGUUAAAAUAAUUGGCAUGCUAGAAAAGUUAAACAGUGGACCAGAGCCUAUAUUACAACCCCCCACACACAUCAACGUUGACCAAGAAAAUCUACAAAAAACACCUGAGAAGCAAGUAGAACUAUGUCAAGCUCCUCCAGUUCAGACUGUAUCCCCCAUGAAGACAGAACCAAACACAGAAGAGCUCAAAAUAGUGGAACCAUCAGGGAAAACGGUUACACGAAAAAAAGAAGUACCAAAACCACAGGCCAUGGGUGCAGAAAUGUUACCGUCCAAGUUCUCAAGAACGUCAAAUUCACUUGCCUUGCUCUACGAUACCCUCGACGACUUACACCUGGAUGAGUUUAAACGCUUUAAGUCUUGUCUGAAAGACGUAAACCUGAACAGUAAACCAAUUGCACGGUGUCACUUGGAGAACAGCAAGACCUGCACAGAUGUAGCAAACGCAAUGACAAAGCACUAUGGGGAAGAGGCAUUAAAUGUCACUCUUCAGAUUCUAGAGAGAAUCGGACACAAUGAACUGGCUGCCGGUCUGAGAAGGAAUUUGGGUCUACAAAAGAUGACCGAACAAGAUCCCCAAAAAUAUUUGAGGAGAGAGACCGAUCAGGGUGAUAAAUUGAAGAGCUUGUUAACUUGUGGAGAUAAUACACUGGACCGCUAUGAUCAAUGUGUCAUUGUUAUGAACAAGAGCUGCACCGAGCAACUAGAAUAUCUUCAGUUUCUGACCAAGUUGAAAUUGUUCUGUGUACUGGACUUUGAUCCAAACUCUGGAACUGAUGGAGCAUGCAGUUUCUACACAAAAUCAAGAGCUGCAAAUCUCCAUUUCCCAGCCCAAUUUCAAGAUGAGGUAAAUGGUGUGAUUAAAAAUCUCAACCUUUAUAAGCAGACGAGCUGGGUAUUUUGCAAUGGGAGGCAUGCCAUCCAAAGUGAAUGGGAUAAAGAGCUGAACUAUGAAGACUGGUUAAAUAAAACAUGCGGAGAUGUAGAACACAUAGUUUCAUUCAUGUGCAAACCUGAAGUUCUCUCAAACAGAAGAACUCUUGUUAUAUUUCUUCUGCUGUCCCCUGUAAAAACUGAAAGAGACCCAGUCUAUGAUAUUUUCAUGGCAUUUUACAAGAAGGAAGGAUGGAGGGAAAUCAUUAUGACCAUUUGUGAAUCUCAAAGCACAUUUGAGAAAUGGAAGGAUUUGAUACAGAACAAAAGUGGGUUUGACAUCACCAAGCAAUCAAUAUAUGAGUUGACGCUCAGUGAAGUCAAUGGCACUAUAAUGGCACUUGGACCACACAAUCAACCAUCAGGAAAACUUCUUCCAUCCUCUGACUCCAGCACUGUUGUUCUCCAACAAAAGGAUGAAGACCGCAUGACGGCUCUAGACAUUUUGUGUCAGAAUCAAUGUGAGAAAGCCUAUGAUGGAAACGACAAAGGGUUUCAAGACUUCAAAAUCAAAGUCGAAGAGGAAUUCUACAGAGGGGGUAAAGUCAAGUGGUGGAACUUCUAUUUUUGUGAGAAACCCAAAGCAAAGCCUUUCAUUAGAAGAGACAAAUAUGACAAUCUAAAAACAAUAGUGAAAUCUCAAGAUCCCAAAACCACAUGUGUUUUGGUAAAUUUGUUCCACCAUCCAGGUUGUGGAGGCACAACGUUAGCCAUGCAUGUUAUGUGGAAUCUACGCAGAGAAUUCAGAUGUGCUGUGUUGAAGGACUAUACAUUACCAAAAGCUGAAGUGGCUUUUCAAGUAAAAAACCUAAUGAGGCUUGGGAGUGAUAAAUCUACACCAGUUCUGCUGUUAGUAGAUGACUCAAAGGAAGCAGAGAACACACAAACUCUCCAGAACUGCAUUCGCCAAGCUGUUGAGGAGGAAAACGCAAGCAGAAGUGUGGAAGAUUCAUUAAACUCAAAAGUCAUCAUUAUCAGUUGUGUUCGUUGCCCUAACCCUGAGGACCAGUACAAAAACUGUGCAACAAAGAGACUGUACAUCACUGCUAAACUGAAGAAAAAGGAACAAGAUGAUUUUGAUGAAAAACUGGUAGAACUUAAAAAAAGUCAUGAAAAACCUGAAAACUUCUACAGCUUCAUGAUCAUGAAGAGCAACUUUGACAAGAAGUACAUAGCUGAUGUUGUGAGCAACACUCUGAAGGACUUGGACAUGAGCACAAAGCAAGCAAAACUCCUUGCCUUCUUAGCACUGUUGAACUCAUAUGAUGCAGAAUCACACAUAUCUACGUCUCUCUGUGAGGAAUAUUUGGGGUUGGAUGGUUCGAAAAUAGUUUUCUGGGGGAACGAAAGUCUAUUUGACAGAAUGGAGCCUUACUCAAAUUUGCUUAAACAAGUAAAUGUUGUGGAGAAACGUGGAAAAUACAAAGCAAUUCGAAUCCUUCAUAAUGAUAUGGCAAAUGCAUGUCUGGAAGAGUUGGACAGAAGCUACAAAAUUAACCUGAGUGAAAUAACCUUGGACAUACUGCACUGCGAUUUGUUUUUCAAAACUGGUGUAGUAAAAGACGCCCUCAUGCUAUCAAUUCAACGCAUGCUGAUUGAAAGGCAGCGCAGGAAAUUGGGAGAUGAAAGAGAUACUCAGUUCUCUCCCUUGAUAGAGAAAAUUCAUCUUCAAGAGGAUCGAGAAAAUUCAAUUUCAAAAAUCCAAGACAUCUUUGUGAAAGCAUCUUCUAGGUUUGUUACAAAGUUAUCUAUUCCUCAAGCUUUUGCAAGGUAUCUCUACCUCUAUGAGCAAGAUUAUCCCCAGGCACUCAUUUGGGCAGAAAAAGCCAAGAUAGUCCAACAAAACUCAUACACAGCUGAUACAAUUGGACAGGUUUACAAAAGCAAUCUGAAACAUAAUAUUCAGAUCGAAAAACAAAAGACUUUAUCCAAGCCAGAGGACUUUGAGACUAACCUCAAGAUAGCACAACAAGCAAUACAGGCUUUUCAAUUGGCUCAAAAGCUAGCCAUGAAGAAUGAAACAGAAGAGGAAACUGAUGAAUAUCUCAUAAAAACACCCUACAACACCUCUGGUUAUGUAGGAGAGAUGGAAAUUACACUGACAGUGUUUGAAAUGAUAAGCAACCUGCCAUUCUUUGAAGGUACUGAUCCAGUGAAAAGGAUGUACAUGCAGAGCUUUCUGAAAGGAACACUACCCAUCACAAAUGUGCCUAAAGAAGAUAAUGAAAUCAACAGUAAAUAUGUUGAUAUUAUCAAAGAACAUACACAAUUUCUCCUUGCUUUGAAACCUCAGGUCAAGAAAGUUUUUGAAUUCUUCAAUGGUUACUUCACAUACAUUAAAGGAAACAAUACAGGAGAGCUUGAAUCAUUGAAUCAGAAGAAAAUCUCAGAUCAUUUCACCAGGUACAUAACACUGGUCUGCUCUUCCCCAGCGGAAAUAUUUAAAGAACGAGCGGACAAACCUAAACUCAGAUUAAACGUGGAUAUUGAAGAGCGUAGGAUGUUUCUCGAGGAAAAUAAUGCAGACACCUUUGCAGGGAUACUUGCAAAGUUACAUCAACAACAAAAUAUAAUGACUGCAGAGGAAGUGAAAAAAAUCACAGAAUCCUAUACAUUCUUGCACAUUCAUUCUGUCCAAAAGAGAAAAGACACAAAAAUUUGCCAAAAUUUGAUUUUGGCAAAUAUAAUUCUCCACACACUAAAGCCAAUAUCUAACAAUGAGAAGUGUCACAAGGAUCUCUGUGAUAUUCUUAUGAAAACAUUGCAAGAUAUAGGUGUGCAGCAUCCAUCCCCAGAGCCAUACUAUCUGGCUUUGUUGUUACUUUGGCCAAGUUCAAAUGAAGAGAACACCGAUAUAAGGACAUAUGUAAACUCACUUCGGAACUCAUCCCGCAGGGAACUGCCCUAUCUGUCCAGAAAGUGCAGCACCAUUGUUCACUUCUACUUGGGUCCAAAAAAAGGAUUACAAAGACUUGUAACUAAACCCAAACUUGAUGAGUGUUUUUCAGGCGUACCACGUGCUGAUUUGGCCCAACUUUGGUGGAGUGAAGGCAUUUUUAAGGAGAGGGAAAUCAUUGACCGUCUCUAUAGGGUCAAUGGAACCGUUGAGCAAUCAGAACUUUAUGCCAAUUAUGGCAAACUCAAAAUUCCAGUUCGGCCAGCCUAUCUGGGUGGAAUAAGAAGUGGUUACAGUAAAGAAAAUGUGUCCUUCUUCUUAGGAUUUGCCAUAGAUGGACCACUUGCGUACGAUAUCAAGUAUGAAUAGGCUAUGAGAAGCCCAUGUUAAAAAGGCCUCAAUGAUUCAACUGUUACGGUCCAAGAAUGUGGUCAAUGGGGGAAGUAUGGAUGAACCACAACCUGACAAUCGAAAAAACAAGACAACCAUUUACAAAACACAUUUGCUUAAUGGAGGCAUGGAUAAUCAAUGCAAGAAACCCACUGAAAGAAAACAAAUCAGAGUCAGAAGAAGAAGUCCAAGCAUGUGGUGGAAAGCAGACCAGUGUCUACAGUCUACACACAGGCUGGAUGACAUCAGAGAGGUGACAUGCAGCGACCGAAACCUCCAAAUGGCUAUCAGCCACAUCCGAAAGGCUGGCCUCAGAGAAUGGCGCAUCUACCCUACUCGCUACAGGGAUACAACACAGCGAGAGCACAUCUAUUGGAGCUGGACGGACUAGUGUUGUAUCAAGACAGGAUCGUCAUCCCAGCUUCACAGGAAGAAGAUGUUCUACAACAGAUACACGAAGGUCACAUGGGGCUGACAAAGUGCCGGAGAAAGGCCCAAGAUGUCUGUGGUUGCCGGGCAUCAGCGCCCACAAAGCAAGAAAAGUGACAUCAUGCAAGUUCUGUACAGAGAAUAAACCAACUAAAAAAAGAGAGAGCCACUUGUCACAACACCUUUAUCUAAAGGGUCUGUGGCAGAUCGCAGUUGACCUGUGUGAGCAAUAGAGGGCAAGAAAUACCUUGAAGUGGUGGACUACUUCUCCAGAGACAUAGACCAUCUACCAACUACCACAAGUGAGAUGGGGGAUUCCUAGCAAACUCGUUAGCGGCAACGCUACCCAGUUUGUCUGUACUGAGUUAGACGAGUUCAGAAAGAAGUAUGGUUUCAUCCAUAUACCUUCUCCAGCCUCUAUUACCUGCAGGCAAACGACGCUGCAGAAAAAGCUGUCAAACAGCUAAACAAAUUCUCAAACAACCAGCUUUAAUGUGCUACCGAGCCACGCCUAUCAGUGCAACAGGAGCAAACCAGCGCAACUCAUGACAGGACGUCAGAUCCGGAUGACCGUCCCCAUGCUGAAAAACUACAACCAAAGCACAUCAGCCACGAUAGUGUGAAACAUAAGGAUCAGAAAGUCAAACAAGCUUCUACAACAGGAGGCAUUCAGUGCGCCCCUUACACUCUGUCAAGGGUAUAGUUCAGGUAAGGGAACUAAUCUUUGGGGCGGCAGGUAGCCUAGUGGUUAGAGCGUUGGGCCAGUAACCGAAAGGUUGCUAGAUCGAAUCCCUGAGCUGACAAGGUAAAAAAUCUGUUGUUCUGCCCCUGAACAAGGUCAUUGUAAAUAAGAAUUUGUUCUUAACUGACUUGCCUAGUUAAAUUCAAAAAAUAAGAGUCAAGCUGGAUGGAGAGAAGGGAUGGAAAACACCAGCAGUGGUCAUCAGCAAAUCUCCAGAGCUGAGAUCCUACGUUGUUGAAACUUAACAUGGCAACGUCGCUCAUCGAAACACCUUCAAGCUGUGCCAGAGUCACCUACUCCGGACAGACAGCACCAGAACAGCGAGUGAGGACAUCACACAGGCCCUGCCUGUGAGCCAGCCAUCUCCUAUACCCUCACUCAGACCACCAACAAGCCAGCCUCACCACAACCGGUGAGAAUGACCUCCAAAGGUUGAGAGGUAAAACUACCCCUGAGGUUUAGAGACACUUGAGAAAACAACAUUGAGACAAAAUACUCUUUAAAUUCUGAAAAUACGUUCUGGGGGGGGGGAAAUGGAGAAAAAAAGAGACAGCAGCUGUUGCAGGGCAGAAUAAUCCCUAUGUUGCUGCGUACAAACGGCUGUCUACCGCAAUGUCCUAGUUGACACAGUUAUGGGAAUUGUUCAUGUGAAGAGCAAAACAAAACAAGGGGGGAAAAAGACUUGCUACUCUGAAAUACUAAUUGUUUGUACUGAAACAGUCCACAAUUGUGAGUAUUUGUACUAGGAAAGGAGAAUGUUAUUGACUUUUGAUUUCUUUCAGAAACCGUAGUGAUGUCUGAUCUAUCUGGGAUUUAUUAGUUAGGCACAGCAUCAUUAACUGGGUGUUACUAACUAGCAGUGUAUGCUAAUAUGACAAACUAAACUGGAUUGCUGCCUGCCUGGUCUCCAUUAGGACACUUGUAGUAUAGGCUACUUUUCUACCAUGACUACCAUGAAGGCAGAUGUUUUACUCUUCCAAUCCUCUGGAUUAUAUUUGGUAGACACUGUGAUUUAGUAAUACUGUUCAAUACCUCUCUCUUACUCAUUGAGACAAGAAUGAGAAUGAUGUGUUUUACUCAGUGUGCAUAGGCGCCAGCACCAAACAACAAGUUUUCUUACUGGGGAGAGUGACGACUAAUGAGGUUACCUCCAGUGUUCGACCUCAGAACUGUAUAUACUUUGAGUCUCUAGUGUUUGGAAAAACAUCCAGUGAGAUUGGAAAUGCUGAUGCAAUGAGAAGAUUAAAUGCUGAUGCAAUGAGGAGAUUAAAUAAUAUAUAUAUAUAUAGUCCUUUCAAUCUGGAUAUUCAAGAAUGUAAAAUAUCUGAAGUUUACGUUCUGCCAUCCUGGGAGAAACCAUGGAAGUAACUGCUGGAAUGACGAAAGACUGUCAGGACAAGACAAUCUAAGUGCUCCUGGAUGCAAUGUCCAGAAAUGCAGGAAAAUGCAUGUGACGUCUAAUAAGUAGAUUUGAGAAUGGAGAAUAAUGAAGCAUUGUGUGUGUGUGUGCGCAUUGUUAUUUUUGGCAUAUCAAGCCAAAAAAAUGAAUAUGAAAUGUUUUGUAUCAAGGUGACACUUAUCUUUAUGUUGCAGCAGGACUGUGAAUACACAUAUCUAUUGUAAAUAUCUCAAUUUCACAGAUAUUGUACACGUUGUAAAAUUGUGGUAAUCAAUGUAAAUAACUGUAGGACCAACUGUACAAUUAUGUAAUGAGCAUAUUGUAUUAUGAGAGAAACUCAUACGAACAACAAGUACAGUUGUACAGGUAUAGAUAUUCUGCAGAUACGAAGGCCUGAAAAAUGUAUUAUACUGUAUGUGUUAUUCUUUAAUAUUGUUGAGUUACUUGUUUAUUUUGAUGGAUUAUAACAAUUUCAAUCUCAGUAAGUUAUCCAAUACAUUCUCUAACUUAAUGAAAUAGGCCUGCUGAUAUUUCACAUGCAGUAAAACCCAUAAAAGUCAAAUGUUUGUCCCAUUGACAA